GAAAGUUCAUUGAAAUCGUUUGUGGCUUUAAACGCGUUGAAUGUGACGAGUGUUCGCCGCAGAUGACAGAUUAGUCUUUAAACUCGACCCGGGGACGAUGAGCGGAAGCUGUCAACGUGUGGUUUGGGUCGUAAACACGUCCUCGCUCCUCGUCGCGCAGCUUCAUUGUUGUUAGCUGCUGGUUUCGUGCUAACUGGCUCUGCGCGACAAGAUGGCUCGUCUGUUUUUAAAAAAAGUGUUCGCUCGUGUUUCCCCCCCACGCUCGCAACCGCAGACACGUCGGUGACUCGUCUGUUACAUUCAAUAAAAGGGUUUGGGCUGGCUGUCGUCGACGAAACUUCAGCUUUCAGCAGCACUUUUUGGUUUUCUCGCUUGCUUUGUUUUGAAGUUUGACAAAGUGCAGAAACGUGGCGACAGCUAUCUCUUGUUAUCAGUGUAUCACGUCACAGCAGACAUGUUGUUCUCUGUGGUUAAUGUGGUGCGUGUUUGACUCGUUCGCAUCCGCUGACUUCACACGUAUCGUCGCUUGCCCGUCCGCGUUGAAUGAAUGAGCUUCGUCUGCGCGUGCGCACGGAAUCUGAAAGUUUAUAAACAAGAGGGAGUCACAUGACGACACAUUGCGAAAUAGAUCAACACGCUCCCGUCGCCGUUUGAAACGCGACUGUUUCACGGCGGUGUUUACCUGAAGUCCACAUCCCCCGGAUCGAUGAACGCCAUGGAUCUUUGGGAAUGUGUCUAAACUUAGAUGGCAGCCGGCCCACUGUGACCCCUGUGUCCCCGCGUCACCCCCAAACCAUAUACCGCUCCCACAGGAUCAUGUUCCCCCUCGUCUGUGUGGGUGGGAAGUUUAUUGACAUCAUGGUGUGGGAGGUGGUGACCCCAGCUGUGCUGUCCGGCGACCCCAAAAACCACAAGGUCCGGGAGCCAGAGCUUCAGGCUGAACACACGGUAGUGAUGACGGAUUUAGAAGGAGACCAGUCACAUGAGCUGCUCCGCUGUGACGAGCACUUCCCCUCCUCACCUGGCGGCCCCACCAGUGACAGCCACAUGGAAUAUGAUGACCUUCCAGAUUUACAGGAGGUUCGGGAGGAGGCGGAGCCAACCGCGCCACCUGUUUACCAGGUGGAGGUGGGUGUGUCCCACCAGUGUGUCCCACCAGGAGGUGCAUACGCAAUGGCACACAGCCCACAGCCUCCUGACACACGCUGGCUCACGCAGCUGGCUCACAUCGCCACCGGGCCCCAGAGCCCUCUGCUGCAGGGGUCGCCUCACAGCAGCUCCUCUCUGGUCUGCAUCUCCAGGAUCAGCAGUGAUCUACAUUCCUACGCCCGGCCUCCUCCUCCUCCUCUCCCCAGCAGCUCCCUGUCGCCCCCUCGAGGCCACGGGAGGGAGCGUCGACACAGCAGGACGAGCAGUGAAUGUGGCUCUGCCGUGUCAACCAGAUCCUCUCUCUCCGAUGACGAAGACAUGGGCUGGAGCUUCUCCUGGCCCCCCACCGCCUGGCACUGUUUUCUCAAAGGCACUCAUCUGCGUUUCCACAGUGGCCGUAACGUGGAGUGGCAGGAAGCUGAGGAGUUGGAUUCUGCUGAGAAAGUCUCUUCCAAUAAGCAGCAGUCCAGAUCUCUGAAGAGUUACGGCUCUGAGGGUCUGCAGCUGGUGGAGCGCUCGGAGGCGGUGUUGUCUGGUCACGCCGUCCUACAGCUGACCUUUGACCCCGGUGCAUUUGGACAUGUGCCUAUGACCGCCAGGUGCCAACUCGACCACCCCUUCUAUGUGAAAAACAAAGGAUGGUCAUCCUUCUACCCGAGUUUGACUGUGGUGCAUUAUGGGAUACCAUGUUAUGAAAUGGAGGUAGGAGACGUUUGCCUGCCUCCAGGACACAGAGAUGCCAAACACACGGACGACUCACUGGUCUUCGACGCCUUUAGGAGUCACGACUUCACUCCUCUGGACUCCUCUGCGGUUUACGUGCUGAGCAGCAUGGCCAGACGGCGGCGAGCCUCCCAGUCCAGCGCAGGAGCCGUUUCUCCAGACAGAGACGCGCCACAUGGUGGAGAAGCCCAGAGUCCCAGCCACGCCCGCUCUCCUCAUCAAAAGCCAAUCAGGGGCCAGUCUGCCGGUGCACAGGGAGGAAGCAAUGCCCCGCCUGUUAAGUGCAAGCGGCCGAUGAACGCCUUCAUGCUGUUCGCCCAGAAGUUCAGGGUGGAGUACACGCAGAUGUACCCGGGAAAGGACAACAGAGCGAUCAGUGUCCUUCUUGGCGAGCACUGGAAGAAAAUGCGAAGUGAGGAGCGGCGGGCGUUCACAGUACAGGCCAAAGCCCUCGCAGACGAACAGAAAAGACUCAACCCGGACUGCUGGAAACGCAAACGAACCAACUCUGGUUGUCAGGGAAAUUAAGGCCACGGAGAUGAAAAGAGGACACAUAUAGGACAAAUAUGACAAAGUGACAAAGAAAAGAAAAACCGUGCUCAACCUAAUACUUUGCUUCGAUAUAAGAUUUGAUUAACAGACUGGCCUUGAUCUCCCAAAGCGAGGAUUUACUUCCGCUUUUUUAAAAAGAUUCUCACAAACCUUGUCUCGGUCAAAACGAGAGGCAGUGUCUGCUUUCAAAAAAUGUCCCCUUCCUCUCACUUGCUUUUAGAAUGUACAUUAUAUUCUUACGGUGAAUGAAAACAAGGUGACUCCAUCUUCAGUCAGGACACUUUACCAAACUAGAUGAAGACGCAGAUCAUCAGGGUUCUUGCUACAACUGGAACUCCACAAAUGAUUACAGGAAUGUGACAAGAAUAUUAAAUUAAAUAAGUCUGAUGAUUUUAAGUCUCUCAUGCUUGGGUGGGCGUUGUGGUGCUGUAGCAUUUAAGUCGAAAAUGUAGCAAUUUUCCCCAAAUUGUACUUUAUAUACAAAGAAAUAUACAAAAUAUUUACCGCUUUUUUUACUUGCAAUUGGUGUAUUUCACAAGAGUUAACAUUUUAACUUUGUUUUCAUGUAAUUCAUCCUGAAAAAUGUAAUAAUUAAAUUAGAACGACACUCAGUAAAGCUCAUACCUCCGCCAAGGCCAAACAAAAUAUAACAAAAAUAAAAUUCUGCACCAAAACUACAACCUAUGAAACCACAUGUGAAUCCCCUAGGUUGGGAUUUUUUAUUGGAUCUGCGCCAAAUUCAGCAAACUCUUGAGAUAUCAGUCACCUGAUGCCGGGUUAUUUUCAUCAAGAUCCAUGAAUGAUUCCCUGGAGAAUUGGUUUAAAUAAAAAUCCCGGAUCCAUCCCUUUGUCCAGAUCUGCACCAACAUUUAAUUGGUUCUCUCUCGCCCCAUUUCCUACUCUUCCUCCAAACUGACAUCAGUUCAGUAGUUUUGUGUAAUCGUGCUCACAAACCUACAAACAAAUGGACAGUGGUGAAAUCAUAACCUCCUUGGCGAAGGUAACACGAGUACAUCACAAAUCCUCGACUGGCUUACAGGCUGUAUUUACCUCAACUUCACAAAUAAUCAGGCCUUAAAAUAUAGACAGUUUAAUCAGUUUAAAUGCUUUUGUAAAAAAAAAAAUCUCCAUCUAGCUCUGAUCUGUUUUGAAUUUUUAACAUUGAAAGCCUUUCUAGCGGAUCAGGAUUCAGAAUGCCUUUACUUACCUUUAGAAGGCUUUUAUUUUGAAAAAGGAGUUUCCUGUGUGAAAUGCAGUGUAAUGAGAAAGUGGCUGUUGUGGAAAUGCUGAUAAUGCCAAAAGUACCACAAUCGCCAUUGUAGUACAGGUACUAUUAACAUCAUUUCCCUCCAAAUGGUCGUUAGCCAAAUCGUUAGCUCCAUGUUACUGCCUUCUCAUUGUGCCAUAAUAACAUGUUUUUAAUGUGUUCUGUCAAAGCUUGUUUGUGUAUAAUCAAAGAAACAUGAAUGCAGGAGAGGGUUCAUGUUUCUCACAGCUUCAUAAAAAGCUUUAUUUAAGAAGUGUUCAGAGAAAUAUCAUCUACCAGCGUCAGACUGGUCAGAAAAACAACUUUGACUUUCAGUGUCAAAAUAGUACAAGAUAAUUUAAAACCAGUUGUAGCACUUUUCAGUUCUGAACAGACAGAGCUGAUUAGAUAAAUGAUGUGGAAACAAAUUUGUCGAAGCUGUUUAUGUAUUUGUCAUAUUUAAAAAGAAAUCUAUUUUUUGUGUGUAUUUGAAUCGAGGUGUUUUGGUGUUUUGGAUUUUUUAAGGUCAGAAAAGCAACAGACAGUCAUUCUCAUCUCUUUAAAACUCAGCAUUUCAAUUUGUCACAACCCCCCUCCCUUGGUUGAAAAGAUGGAGGGGAGUGUUGCUCUCAGAGCUCUGAGGAGUUGGGACUUAUUUUGAGCUUGAAACAAACUGUUGCACACAAAGAGUUUUUAAAAACAGACACAGUUGAGGAGCUGUUAGAGUAAUUAGACGAUAAUACGACAAGACAGCCCUGGGCCCUCGAGGACUUACUGGAUAUUAGGCUUCUGACCACCGACUGUCUGUCUGAAGAUCUGUCUAAAUGCCUGAAAAGUAAGACCCAGGACUAAGAAAGCGAAAACACGUUGAGUAAAAUGUUUCCUUUCAUAAAAACCCAGCGUCGUUAAAGUGAUAGUACAUGUACCUCAAAUACUGAGUCGAUACUCAUGGUGUGCAACAUGGUGUGACUGUAUGAAUCUGUGUGUUCAUGUGUGAAGGCAGGAAUCUGCUUUGGGUUUCAAUCGUAGACUGUUUAUAAAGAUGGACGACAUGAUGGCUCCCUAAAAGUGAAGCCAAAGUGUCUGGAUUGCCCCCUGGUGGCUGGCUGCAGUAGGUCUUAAAUCAUGCCUCCUAGAUGUUAGUGGAGGGGACAUGAGGCAAACUAAAAAGUCAAAGAUGGUUUCUGUCAUUUUUAGUUAUCACACUGAUGUUUGUUCAUUUUGGUUUUCAUCAGUUAAUUGAUGCUAUGAAAACAGGGUGAAACUGGCUUUGAAUGACAUCAGAAGCACAAAAUGGCAGCAUCCGUAUCCCAGAUGUUUGACGCCCAUCUUUAUUCACAGUCUGAUUUCAAUGCUUGAAAAAAAAAAUUGUUUUUACAGAAAAAAAAGAAUAUUUCCAGAAUAUUUCCAGCGCUCACUCUCACUGCAUAACGAGGUUUAUUCUUAAUGCACUAUAUACACUUUAUCUUUUGUGACUGCUACAGUAUCACGUGUCAUGACAAAUAUUAAUAUGACUAUACAGAAAUAUAUAUAUUUUUUGGUUCUGACUUAAUCUUUGUUACGCUUUCAUGGUUGUGCUUUGAUUAUUUGACUUUUGUAUGUCGUUGUGAUCGUGUCGUGUACAGGUCCAUCAGGGGAGACAAUGCAAUAUAUUGUAUUAUAGUAUAAAUAAAAGCAUGAGAAAUUUA